CUGAGUCACUUGAGCUGCAGUUGCCACAUGCACCCUCCCCCAUCCCCAAUUCUGAGGUCUCCUGCUCCCAUUUUUUCCCUUUCUGGCUUCCGCCUUUGCCCUUUAGCUCAAAAUAUGCACCUGAGUUCCUUGUGGGGUGCACACCCAUUUCCCAGCCUGGGCUGGAAGCUGCCGUGGGCAUUGCAGAAGGUGGGUAGGGCCUGGGGUAAGGAUACGUCAGGGGGAAACAGGGGAAGAGGAAGUGCUUGGGUCCUGGGUAAGACUGGCUUGUCUUGGUGGGUGGGGACGGUCAUUGUCAGCUUCUCUGGACACACAGACACAGACAGGAUGGAUUUCCUCCGGCUGCAUCUCCCAGGGCUGCACCAGGCCUUGAGGGGGACACUGGAUUCCUUAAGUACCUUUGUCUCCUACCUUUUGGGAGAUGAGGUCCCCACUGUAGAGAGGGGAGAGGCGUGUGCAGCUCAGGAACUGGGGGAGGUGGCUACAGGAAGGCCAGGAAGAAGUGUAGAGGAGGAAGCCCAGGAGGCUCUGGAGGUUGUGGGAGGCAGCCAAAGCAAGGGGGACGGAGGACUGAGAGGGCCUGGAGAGGCUAGAAGACACCAGGAGGGAAGCUCAGCUACAGAACAGACCUGGAGUUGGGGAGAAGGCAGCUCCCAUGGAUCUCAAGGAGACAGGCAGGACACUGGGGCGCGGGAGGCAGUCAAGGCCUCCAGGUGCCAGGAGCCAAGUGCCCCCUUGGAGGCCAGAAAGAAGUCUGACGCAGGGUCUGAGGCUGGCCGAGACGGGAGCAGCCCAGCCCAGGAGAGUCAGGAGUGCAAUGAGCAGGAAGUGAACAGAGAAGAGACACCGAGAACCUGGGAACAGGAGGAGGAGGAGGAGGAGGAGGAAGAGGUCAGGGCAAGAGAGCCAGGGGGGGCCAGAGGGGUGGAGUCAGAGUGGACCUGGCGUAGGGAGCCUGAGGGAAAGGCUGGUGCCCAUGGCCAGAGGGCGGCAGGGGAUGGCAGGGAGUCAGAACAGGAAGUCAAGGAGGCCGUUGCAGAGGAGACCCAGGGAGCUGGGGCCAAAGAGGCUGGGAGGGAAGGAGGGGUGGUGGCCGUGGAGAGGGAUGGCCAAAGCACAGAGGCACCGGGGACUCAGGACCCAGGGGCAGCAUCUGAGGAUGGGGCAACCUUGGGCAGAGAGGAGGUGAGGACAACCUCAGGUGGGGAGGAGGCCUGGGCAGUGUCAGGUGGGGAGGAGGCCUGGGCAGUGUCAGGUGGGAAGGAGGCCUGGACAACCUCAGGUGGGGAGGAGGCCUGGACAGUGUCAGGUGGGGAGGAGGCCUGGACAGUGUCAGGUGGGAAGGAGGCCUGGACAACCUCAGGUGGGGAGGAGGCUGGGACAACCUCAGGCACAGAGGCGGCUGACUUCCCAGGAGUCAGGGAGACAGAAAAUGGGGCAGUCCCAGGAGAUAGGAGCCUAGAGGGUACUGGGAGAGUCUGGGCCCUAGGAGAGGCCUCCAGGGGAACCCAGGAGGAGGAGGUGGGUGGAAAUAGAGAGGCUGAGGUGAGCCUGUGCCUGAAACAGACUCCGGCCCUGGGAACUGAAGGAAUGGGAGAAGCGGCUGAGGUCCAGACAGCAGGGAAGGAGGCCGCGGAACGCCAGGGGGCAGAGUGGGAGGCAGGGGAGGGCUUUGAGAGUCAGGCAGAUCAGGAGGGGAAAGAGGCCAAGGCAAGGCAAGACACAGAGAUCAGGGCCGCUCAAGCCAGUCCGGAGGAAGUGGUGCAGGCACAGGGGGCCAAGGAGGAGAAAGAGAGUGGCUGGGCCGUAGAGGCUGAGCUCUCCCAGGACCAAGUGGCAAACAAGGCUGAAGGUGAUGCUGACUUUGAGGCAACCCCAAAGGCCACAGCGGAGAAGGAGUUCGGGGAGAAGAGGAGUGAGGAGGGAGCUCAGAGGGGUCGAGAAGAAUUUGGGGUCGAGGGUGGUGGCCCAGAGCACAAGGUCACUGAAGUGUGGGACGCUGAGCAGAUAGGCGGCCUGCAGACCCCCGUGGAACACCCCGGGGAAGAGCAGCAGGUGAAGGAAGAGCUCUGGUGCAUUCCAGCCCAGAGCAAAGGGGAGACAGAAAGGAGCCUGGAGGGCAGUCCCCGGCACACGGGGUAUGUGAGGCCUGAGGCCGAAGUCUGGGAAAACCGGGGGAAAAGGGAUGUGGAGAGAGGGAGUACCCAGGAGGAAAAAGUAGGUAUGGAAGAGGAGGGGGAGGCCGCGGGAGGCCAAGAGCCUGCACUGCCACAGGUCCUGGGGGCAGGCGGAGAGUGGAAGGAAGCAAAGGAAGCAGGGCGUGGAGCAGAGAGCCAGGAGCUGGGUGGAAGGCACGGGGCAGAGUUAGGGACAGGCUGGUCCCUGGGUGAGUCAGAUGCCAGAGAAACCGAGGGUGAGGAGGUGGGGGCCGCAGUGUCCUGGGAGGCAGAGAGAACACCCCGGGGAGGCGGGAGGCUGGAGGAGGCAGCGCCGAGCUCCCAGGACAGUGAGGACACACCGGCCAGUUCCUCGGCUGCCGGGAUUGUGGAGCAUAAGGCAGCUUCAGAUGAGAGGGCGGCUGGGACUGGGGAAGGGCCUGAAAGAGAGAUGGGGGAAGUGUGGGAUGGGGCAUUUGGAAGAGGCUGGGACUCAGAAGGGAGAGAGGAAGCUGGCAGAGGGGCAGAGGCGAUGGAGGCUGCAGAGGGAGAGAGCAGAGGCGGGCAGGCGUUUGGCCUGGAGGGCUCCGCAGACGAGGAGGUUCCUGGCCGAGGUGGCCAAGUGGAGGCUUUUGAGGCUGGGGAGGGUGAGCCCGGCGUGGAGGCUGGGGAAUCGGCAGUGGCAGACGGAAGCUGUGGGAUGGGUGUCUUUACCUCGGGCUCCCAGGCGGUGAGGGCAGAGGGGACCAUGGUCGUCGUGGAGGCCGAGGGGUUCCCAGAAGGGCAGAUGCUGUUAGAAAAAGAGGCUGGGGCACAGGAGGCAAGGCAGCAGGGACGAGGCAGCGAGGGGCAGCGUGGGGACCACGGCCCUGAGGCAGAGGCACACAUGCCCUGUGCAAUGGAGGACGUGGCGGUGAGUGGACACCAGAGGCCAGAGGCCAGGGAGCUGGAGGCAGAAGACCUGGAGGAUGCCCAGGGCCGGGAGGACCAGCCAGCAACCCAGGAGCCUGGGCCACGUGAAGAGGCUGCCCGUGGGGAUGCUCAGGGCAGCUGGAGUGAGGCCCUCCUCCCUGUGUCUCGCCUGGACGUCUCUGUCCCGCGGAGCCGUGUGCUCCUCUCCCGCAGCUCCUCACAGCGUCGCUCCAGGCCCUCUUUCCGGCGCAUCCCCGCCCCUGAGCAGCAGCAGGAGCCUGCCAGCCCCCCACCAGAGGAAGAGCUGUCAGCCCCUGAGCAGAGACUUCUCCACCCAGAGGAACCCCCAGAGCCAAGCCUCCCUAGGUCUGAAGGGACCCCAGUGCCAGCUAGGAGAAAGCCCCUGGGACACGGGUUUGGCUUUGCACACCCCGGCAUGAUGCAGGAACUGCAGGCCAGGCUGGGCCGGCCAAAGCCCCAGUGAUGGCACUGAGACCCAGGAGCCAGGCCCUGAGUGAGAGGCGGAGGGCUCGGCUGAAUGCUGCUCAGCCUGCCUCCUUCGGCCACUUGGAUGCACCCUAUCCACCCGCUGGGCCUCAGUUUCUUGCUGUUUCAUCCACGAAGCAGACAGAACCAGCCAUCUCUGAGAAUCAUGAACUUAAGGAAUCUGACUCUCCAAUGCAGCUGGUGGACUGCCUGCCCCAUGGGGACCACUGCUCACAGCCUGUCCUGACUCCCUCCCCAACCGGUCUGGGCAGCUGUCUGGAGGCCUGAGAGGGGACAGGGACAGUCUCCCACAGCCUCCCCUCUCCGCUUGCCCCCACUUCCCAAGCCCCUCCCCAAGCCAGGGAGAGCUGUGGGAGGAAGGCAAACCUCUGGGGUGAAGGCAGCCGGAGGAAAGGGGUGAGGAGGGCCUAUGGAGCUGCAUUUACAAUCAAAGGUUUGAUGUAAGUGGACCAGCCACCUUAAGGCUCCAAAAUGGGAGCUCAGCCUCAGAACUCUGCUAGUUACUGUGGCAACCACCAACUGAGCAAGCCAGAGUGGAGAAAGGUAGGCCAGGAACCCCAACGUGUAGGAGCAGAGAAGGAUCCAGGGUGGCCAGAGGCUGCAGAGUCCAUUCUGCGCCCCCUUUGGGUAUCAGACACCCCUUCUCUGAAAAGAAGCCGAGGCAGAGAGAGGGCGAGAGUGCUUUAUUAGGCACCCAGAAUGGCGGCCUCGCCGAGGACAGCCAGCAGGUCCCAAAACAAUAAAUAUCCCAUCAUUUCCCUGAACAAUAAAUAAAUAUCCAUGAAAUAAAUAUCCAGUCAGGACUGGAGGGGCCUUAAGUUAUUGGGGAGGGUUUGGGGAGGGAGGGCAGUGGAGUCCUGCCUUGUCUAAGGCAGGGAGCUGGUGGCUGUCCUGUUGGCCCAGACUCGUUGUGAAAUCCUAACCGGCGAGGGAAGGGUCUGAGAAACCACUCCAUCAGGGCUGGGAGCCGGCCAGUGUUGGGCACCCCAAGGCCUGGCCUGGGUUCUUAGCUUGGGAGAGCAGCAGCAAGUCCCGCACGGCCCGCGACAAGACCAGCUCCAAGGAGUGCAGCAACUGGUAGGCAUAGAGGAGCUGGGGCCAGGACAUCCGGGCUGACGUCUGUGAGGGGCCGUCCAGGGCCCCUGGGGGCAGCCCCUUCCCCUCCUCGUUCUCCUCCUCGGGGAGGCUGAAUCCUGCAGCCAGCACCUGUGAGGAGAGGCUCACGGUCAGAAAAUGGUCCAGCUGAGAUGCUGAGCGAAUCCUUGUUCCUUUACGUGCCUAGUGGUGCCACAUGACGUCAGAAACCAUAAAGCCGUGAUUUCCUUACUUCAGCUCUUCCAUUAUGUCAUCACCUCGUGUACCCUGCCUGGUUUUUUUUUGUUUCAAGAAAAUGGAAGUCACAGAGCAAGCUGGUGCUCGCGGAGGGAGCUGGCUCACUCACCCAGGAUUGCUCUAGGCCAGUGAUGGCGAACCUAUGACACGUGUGUCAGAGGUGACACGCGAACUCAUUUUUGUGGUUGAUUUUUCUUUGUUAAAUGGCAUUUAAA